AAACAAUGACAUGAUUCAAUAGCAAAUGACAAUUUUUUGACAUUUUUUUUUCAUAAUGGUUUGGUAUAAACGAGAAAACGAAGAUGAAGAACAAAUUAGACCCUUCCAUUGUUCUCCCCCGAAACAACUCACUGCAGGAGCUGCCAACACUUUUCUAGAUCACAACUCUUUGCUUGACAUUCAAUCACACGCAGCUCAAGUCCGCCUAACUGGAAUAAUCUGUACUCUUGGACCCUCAACUACUGAUGUAGAGACAUUAGAAAAAAUGAUGGAAGCUGGAAUGAACAUAGCUCGCCUAGAAUUCUCCCACGGCACUCAACAAACGCACAUGGAAUUGAUCCAAAAUGUGAAAACUGCUGCUGAAAAUUACACUAAAAGACUCGGAGUCAUGUUCCCCCUGUCUCUAGCCUUCGACACUAAAGGACCCGAAAUCCAAACCGGUUACAUGGAAGGUGGAAUCGCCGCCGAAGUCGAAUUAAAAAAGGGUGAACAAAUCAAAUUAACAACAGACAAGGCUUAUCUCGAGAAAGGAAGCUCCAGUGUAAUCUACGUCGAUUAUGACAAUAUCCAAAAAAUUGUUCAAGCUGGAAAUAGAAUUUUCCUCGACGAUGGUCUUAUUUCUUUAAUUUGUACCAGCGUUCAAGGCUCAGUCUUGACUUGCACUGUUGAAAACGGAGGUAUGCUUGGGAGUUGCAAAAAUGUGAACCUCCCAGGACUCGACGUGGACUUACCCGUCAUUUCGGAAAAAGACAAAGAAGAUUUACUUCUCGGAAUCGAGCACGGAAUUGACACUGUUUUUGCUUCUUUUAUUCGCAAUGCUGUUGACGUUUCUGAAGUUAGAGACGUCCUCGGGCGGGCGGGUAACAAAAUUUUGGUCAUUUCAAAAAUUGAAAAUCACCAAGGAGUGCACAAUAUUGACGAAAUAAUAAAAGCUUCCGAUGGUAUUAUGAUCGGCCGAGGCGACUUAGCUGUGGAAAUCGGCCCCGAGAAGCUUUUUCUAGCCCAAAAAAGCAUUAUAGCAAAGUGUAACAAAGCAGGAAAACCGGUGAUUUGUGCCAAUCAGUUACUCCACUCGAUGAUAAAACGGCCUAGGCCCACACGGGCCGAAUGUACCGAUGUUGCAAAUGCAGUUCUUGACGGUGCCGAUUGCGUGAUGAUGACAGGGGAAACUUUUCUAGGUCUUCACCCGAUUGAGUGUAUUCGCACCGCCUCCAAAAUUUGUAAAGAAGCAGAAGGGGCUGUUUGGUACAAACACCAGUUUAAGGACUUAACUGCGCACGUGAGGCCUCCUCUGGAAACAGUUCAUGCGGUUUGUAUAGCAGCAGUCGAAGCUGCGAAUCAGUGUUUAGCAGCUGCGAUUAUUGUUACCACAGUUUCGGGAAGAUCUGCUUAUUUACUAGCAAAGUAUCGACCAAGUUGCCCUAUUAUUCUGGUGACACGUGAUCCGACAGUUGCAAAACAAGCUAAUUUAUUUAGGGGUAUCAUACCACUUUUUUAUGAAGUCGAAAGAAAGGAUGAUUGGAAGAGAGAUAUUGAAGCGAGGAUCAGCUUUGGGAUUAGUUUUGGGAAAUGGAGCGGAUUUGUCAGGUCGGGAGACCCAAUUGUGGCAGUCAAUGGGUCCCAAAGAGGGUUGGGGUACACCGAUACAAUUAGAGUUUUGUAUGUUAUGAGACCUAUAAUGGAGGGGGACUGCACUUGUGAUAAGAAAACCGGACAUCAUAACGUAUAGUUUAUUGCACAAAAUUUUUUGUAUAAUUUUCUACAAUAAAACAUGUGUGACCUACCUUUUUCUCUUCU